GUAAAAUAAUUAAAUCCUCAAAACUCGGAGUCUUCUUCCAAAGUUAACGAAAACAAAUGUUGUCUUAAGAAUGUUUCAAGAAUUAGGUCGUGGAAUGAACUUAUUUUACCUUGGAGUGAGGAAGGCACGUACAUGUAACAUGUUGUUGAACUGUCAUGUUGUCCGCUACUACUUAACAAGAAACUAUGACAAAGUUAAUUCUCUUAUAUACGUACACAUUCAUUGUCUCUCAUAAUUUGUCACCAAACUAUAUCCAACCAAAAAACCCUAAACAAUGACGCCUGCGACCGUUCAAAAACCACAGCUUCCGUGCCAUAAAGUGUUUCUUAAUUUCCGAGGAGCUGACGUGCGCUACAACUUCAUCAGUCAUCUGGAGAAGGCGUUGAAAGAUGCUGGGAUCAAUGUGUUCGUGGACGAGGAUGAGAAGAGAGGAAAAGAUCUAACCGUUCUUUUCCAUAGGAUCGAGGGAUCAAACAUGGCAAUAGUCGUGUUCUCGGAAAGGUACAUGGAAUCAGAAUGGUGUUUGAACGAGCUGGCGAAGAUCAAAGAACGUGUUGAUGAAGGCAAACUUGUGGCCAUCCCCAUAUUCUUUAAGGUUGGGGCAGAUGAGUUAAAAGAGCUUCUUGAUGUAGCAUGUGAGACUCAUGGCAAUGUGCCUGGGACUCAGAAAUGGAAGGUGGCAUUGGAGUGUACUACGUUAAAGAUGGGCUUGACUUUGGGGAAGAAGAGUGAUGAGGCCAAUUUCGUCAAGAUGGUCGUCAAGAAAGUUAUGCAAAGCCUCAGUGACGUUCCAUCUUUGGAAGGAGAAAAGCCUGAAAUGGCUCCUCUCUUUGGAAUCGAACAUCGGGUCAAGCAAGUCAAGGAAAAGUUGGAUUUUGAUCGCUGCGACGAAACUCGUAUCGUCGGAAUCGUUGGGAUGCCUGGUAUCGGAAAAACCAGUCUCGCGACGGAGCUUUUCAACAAGUAUAAAUACAAGUUCUGUCGUUGCGUGAAUUUUCAGAACAUCCGUGAGAAGUGGGCUAGGUCUGGUGCUGAGCGUGUGAGGAAGAUGUUCCUUGAAGAAUUACUAGAGAUCACAAACAUAAGUGAUGAUGAGGCUACUCAUGGUUGCUUAGAGAGCAAGCUACUCUUGAAUAAAGUCUUUGUUGUUCUUGAUGAUGUGAGUAGUGCAAGACAUUUACAAGUUCUUCUUGGUAACCGAAACUGGAUUAAGGAAGGAAGCAGGAUUGUUAUAAUAACCCGUGAUAGGACACUCAUCACUGAGUUAGAUCCAAAUCCUUACGUGGUUCCAAGAUUGAAUCUUGUAGAUGGGUUGAUGUACUUCAGCUUUUACGCCUUUGAAGCUCGUAUCUGCGAUCCCGAGAUGGAAAGUUAUAUGCAAAUGUCUAGAGAGUUUGUGGAUUACGCUAGAGGUAAUCCUUUGGCUCUUCAAAUGUUAGGUAUGGAUCUUCGUGGGAAAGGUGAGGCUCAAUGGAAAGCGUGGCUUGAUACAUCGGCUAAAUGCCCCAACAAGAUUAUUCAAAAUCUGUUCAAGAUCAGUUAUGAUGAGCUUAGUGAACAAGAGAAAGACGCGUUCCUUGACAUCGCGUGUUUCUUCAGAUCAGAGGAUGAGUAUUAUGCAAGAAGCUUACUGGAUUCGGGCGAUCAUGAGUCCUUUCAAGCUGCAAGGGAGAUAACUCAUCUUGUUCACAAGUUCUUUAUUAGUAUCUCUGGAGGAUGUGUAGAGAUGCAUGAUUUAUUACAUACAUUCGCCAUGGAAAUUUGUUCAUUAGCAUCUUGUGGGGUUAAUCAGGUGAAAAGUAGGCUGCGGAAUGGUAACUACAUUAUUGCUGCGCUGCAAGGCAAAAUGGAAACCAAAACUGUGAGAGGCAUUUCUCUAGACAUGUCUGAAUUAACGAACAUGCCUUUAGAGAGGUCGGCCUUUACUAACAUGUGCAAUCUCCGCUACCUUAAACUCUACAGUUCUACUUGUCCACUAGAAUGUGAAGGUGACUGCAAGUUAAACUUCCCUGAUGGACUUUCAUUUCCAUUGAAAGAGGUCCGAUAUCUCGAAUGGCUGAAAUUCCCAUUGGAUGAACUUCCAUCAGACUUCACCCCGAAGAAUCUUAUUGAUCUUAAGCUGCCUUACAGCAAGAUUAAACAAGUCUGGAAAGAAUCCAAGGGUACACCGAAACUGAAGUGGGUCGAUCUUAACAACUCGAGAAUGUUGCAGAAAAUUUCAGGGUUUUCAAAGGCCCCAAAUCUUUUGAGAUUGAAUCUUGAAGGUUGCACAAGUCUAGAUUGUUUGUCUGAAGAGAUGAAAACAAUGCAAAGUCUUGUUUUCUUGAAUCUAAGAGGAUGCACAAGUCUUCGGUGUCUACCGGAGAUGAAUCUGAGUUCAUUGACAACUCUUAUCCUGACUGGCUGCUUGAAACUUCGUGAAUUUCGGCUAAUUUCAGAAAAUAUAGAAUCUCUGUAUUUAGAUGGAACUGCAAUAAAGGAUCUCCCAACAGACAUGGUGAAGCUUCAGAGACUUAUCUUAUUGAAUCUGAAAGAGUGCAGAAGGCUGGAGAUUAUUCCAGAGUGUAUUGGAAAACUUAAAGCUCUUCAAGAACUGAUUCUCUCUGGCUGUUCAAAUCUCAAGAGUUUUCCAAAUCUUGAAGACACCAUGGAAAAUUUCCGUGUUUUACUACUUGAUGGAACUUCAAUAGAUGAGAUGCCAAAGAUAAUGAGUGGUAGUAACAGCUUAUCGUUUCUGCGGCGUCUAUCUUUCAGAAGAAAUGAUGUGAUCAGCAGCUUAGGAUCUGACAUCAGUCAACUAUAUCAUCUCAAAUGGCUGGACUUGAAGUAUUGCAAGAAACUCAAAUCUCUUUCAACACUUCCACCGAAUAUCCAGUGCUUAGAUGCACACGGUUGUAUCUCCCUGCAAACAGUCACGAGUCCUCUAGCCUUUCUUAUGCCAACGGAAGAUACUCACUCCAUGUUCAUCUUUACUAACUGUUGCAAACUCAAUGAAGCCGCAAAGAAUGAUAUUGCAUCCCACAUUCUGAGAAAAUGCCGACUGAUCUCAGAUGAUCACCACAAUGAGAGUUUUGUCUUCCGAGCUUUGAUUGGGACUUGCUAUCCUGGAUAUGAAGUACCUCCAUGGUUCAGUCAUCAAGCUUUUAGUUCAGUGUUAGAACCAAAGCUACCUCCACAUUGGUGCGACAAUAAAUUUCUUGGGCUAGCUCUGUGUGCCAUUGUCUCGUUUCAUGACUACAGAGAUCAAAACAACCGUCUUCUAGUGAAGUGCACAUGUGAGUUUGAAAACUUAGAUGCAUCAUGUAGCCAGUUUAGUGUUCCUGUUGGAGGUUGGUUCGAACCAGGAAAUGAGCCGCGUACGGUUGAGUCAGACCAUGUCUUUAUCGGCUACAUAAGUUGGUUGAACAUCAAGAAAAGACAAGAAGAGCAGUACAAGAGAGGAUGUGUUCCUACGAAAGCUAGUCUUACAUUCUCUGUGACGGAUGGUACUGGUCAAGUGAUUGCACAAUGUAAAGUGGUGAAGUGUGGGUUCGGUUUGGUGUAUGAACCUGAGGAUGCAGUUAGUACUGUUGUUUCUUUGGCGGCGGCUAGAAUGAGGAUGAAUGGUGAGAGUAGACAAGGCGAAGAAAGCACUAUCGCAUCUUCAGAAGGUGAAUAUCAAUUUGAAACACCAACAACAGCUAAUUCUACAAAUGGGAAUGAAUUGUUUGGUCAGGAUAGUGUUUGA